CCGGCCCAGCGACUCUCGGGCUGCGCGCGGGGACGCGCCACCGCCGCCCCUGGACCCCGGCCCGGGGCCCGGCGACACGAGGUCUCCACCCCAGGACAUGAACUGCCUACCUCUGAGGUCCAUCCUGAGCCUUCCAUGCGAGGAGCUCAUCACUGGCCUCACCAGGGCCCACACCACAGCCUCAGGGAGACACAAGCUGUGGACGCCCAGAGCUGUGCCUUAGGAGCUCGCCACCCUCCAUUGACAGGAAGAGGGCCUGAGCCCAACCCGCGCCACUGCCCAGCCCCGGGGUGGGCAUGAACCAGCAGUUGUGAGCAGCCAGAGCUGAUGCCCGGCCCCCAGGGGGGCACAGGAGCCCCCACCAUGAGCCUGGGCAAGCUGUCAGCCGUGGGCUGGGUGUCCGGCUCACAGGGAAAGAGGCGGCUGACGGCAGACAUGAUCAGCCCCCCGCUCGGGGACUUCCGCCACACCAUGCACGUGGGCCGUGGCGGGGACGUCUUCGGGGAUACCUCCUUCCUCAGCAACCACGGGGGCAGCUCGGGCAGCACCCACCGCUCGCCCCGCAGCUUCCUGGCCAGGAAGCUCCAGCAAGUGCGCAGGGCGGGGGUCCCGCCCCGCAGAGUGGCUUCUCCGCCGGCGCCCUCGCCCGCCCCACCGGCUGUGUCCCCCAUCAUCAAGAACGCCAUCUCCCUGCCCCAGCUCAACCAGGUCGCCUACGACAGCCUGGUGGUGGGCAAGCUGAGCUUCGACAGCCCCUCAAGCUCCACAGACGGCCGCUCUGGUUACGGCCUGGACUCGGGGUUCUGCACCAUCUCCCGCCUGCCACGUCUGGAAAAGCCCAGCAGCCUUGAUCGCGGUCCCGAGCACGAUCGCGGUCCCGAGCACGAGCGAGCGCCGAGUGCCUUCCCCUCCGAGCCUGAGCUGCGCCGCUCGGACUCUCUCCAGUCCUUCCGCUUUGACCUCGACCUUGGGCCCUCGCUGCUCAGUGAGCUGCUGGGGGUCAUGAGUCUUUCAGACACUCCUGCAGCUGAGACCCCAGCCCCCACUGCUGCCGACUCCCUGGUGGUUACUGCGAACCCCGCAGCUCCUGCUGCAAACGUCUCGGUCCCCGCUGUGAAGUCCCCGGCCCCGGCCCCCAGCCCUCCAGCCCCUGCCACCAAUCCCCCAGCCCCUGUGGCAAGUCCCACAUCCCGAGGACAUUUCCCCAAUGGGGUCACUGCUGGCAUAGGUCCAGUGGCUGAGGUGAGGGCCAGUCCGGUGAGAGAAGGUCCCCGGGGACCUCCCGACAUGGCCUUCGGCAGGCUUUGGGGACACAGCCAGGCCAGCCGCCACUACACAGAGAUGGAUGCUCGGCGGGAGCUGGCGAGGGUCCUGCCUCAGGUCCAGGGCUCCUGGGAGAGCCUGGACGAAGAGUGGAGGGCACCCCCGGUCAGCAGCAGGGCCCCUGUGCCCAGCACCGUGCAGGCCAACACCUUCAUGUGUGCUGAUGUGGAAGAGGAUGAUGAAGUGAAGGUGUGAAGGGCUGGGGCAUGGGCUCUGGUCCAACCCGCCGCGGGGCUCCCCAAGAGCCCAGGGUCUUGAGCCCACCCUUCGCCUAACAGUUACAUCUGCCUACAAGAGCUGGGGGAACCUGGGUGGCCCUAAACUCCUCACCUCUACAGGGCAGGCAUGAGGAGAGGGUAGAGGAAGGAACCCCGGUUUGUCGGGGACCUGGGUCCCGGGGUCUUGCUGUGCUGACCCACCUUCCCCCACCGACUCUGGGCCCAGUAGCCUUUCCUCCAGCCCCACCCCAUGCCACCCCCACUGGCCUCACAGUGUGGCCUUUGUGCCCUGUCCUUGUAGGGUGGAGUGGGGGUAGGGCCAAGCCCACACAGGGCUAUUGUCUCCUGGUGGGACUGCCUGCCCCCUGCCCAUCGAGGGCGGCCCCCAACAAGCUCACCACUGUGUCCCCAGUAGCUCUAUCAGGGUUCCUCCCCAAUGUUGUCCCCAAGAAAGUUCAGGUGUAACUGCACAGACAAAAAGGUGCACCCCAGACCUGCCUGUGGUGGCUGACUGGAAAAAAGGUUUCCUCUGAUAAGAGAUGUCCCCUUAAGAAUCUCGGGGGGGAGGGAGAGGGGGACAUGGGAGAUGGACCUUAGCCCACUGAGAUGUUUGAUGUUCUUUCUCCUCCUGGGAGUUUGGAAAGCCAAGGACCCCUUUUGAGCCCCCUCCCCAGCUGGGGAGGGGUCAGGGCAGGUAAUCAGUAACCUGCCUGGAAUGCCCAGCUGAUAAGAGGCCCAGGUGGGAGUCUUAUCUGCAGUUCCUGGAACACCCUGGCCCCAGGUGCCUGGAACCGGUGUCUGGCCCAUAAUCCCGUGGGGCAGCCUGGCAGGUGCUCAGGCAGUCACAGGGAGGGCUGGAGGGAGGCAGGGUCUCCCACUUAGGGGGGCUUAGGACCGUGUCCCUGCUUGGCAGUACUGUGUCCUUGUACCUCUGCGUCCUCCCCUGUAUCAUAAAAAUGCCAGGAGUAUUAAAACGCGUGGUAAACGCUAUCCACGGUUCCCGCCAUGAAAACACUCAAA